CGUGGAUAGAAGCUGUAAACAGUGUAUAAACAAAUUUGCGGGCUUCAAAAUAUAAUUCCAAAAAAAUUUUCUUGCUUAAACUGUACAACUAUUUUGAUUGAACAUUACCUUCAUUAGAUAAUAAACUACCACACCAACAAGAUGCCUCGAACGUGCUCUGUGCUUGGUUGUCAAACGCAUAAAAAGUAUUUCGAACGGGGAGUCCGGUCAUUUGACUUUCCUAGAAAAGAUCCGGAGUUGAUGGCCGCAUGGAUACGUGCUUGUGGGCGAGAGCAGAAUUUCGUUCCAGCGAAGACUGCAUCCGUGUGUGAGAGGCAUUUUACAGCAGAGGAGAAAAAUCCAAAUCCUCGGAUACGCGAAGCAGUGCCCUCUCUUAACCUUUAUUGGCAACUACCGAAAGAACCGACAAUAAAUGUCUCACAGACAGCAAACGUCACUACAUCUCCUAGGAGAAAAAGAUCAGCGAUCGAGAAAAAGACUAAACCUGUUAAAACUGUUGAUUGCAUAGUAGAAAGUGUACUAGUGCAGGAAGAAAACAGCACAAUGCAGUUUGAAACUGAAGUCCUCCUUUAUAAUUUGAAUCAAUUUUGCCGGACGUGUGGCAUCAAAUGUGAAGAAGGUCAACAAUUUGAAAUGGUCAAUCUUGGAAGUGACGGCAAUGUUGAAACACUCAAAACUCUCUGCAUUACGCAGGACCCAUUACUGGAUCCAAUUUCAUUCAUUUGUGAAAAAUGUUACCAGGAAUUCACAUCUUUUUUGCAGUUUGUCGUCAUUUGUAAGAACGGACAGCAAAGCUUAAUUUCAAGACUACAAGCUAAUCAAUUGUCUGUCAAGGAAGAAUGCUUGCCCACUAUUGGAGAUGCAAGCACUUUGGAGAGCGAUAUAGAGCCUGAUCAAUCGGACAAUGAUUUACCACUUUCUAGAUCCAACAGUCCUAUGAAUGACAUCGUAGAUGCUGAAAAAAUGGAUCAAUACGUAGACAAAUUAAUGGAAGAGAUCAAAAUGUCUAAAAAACAUAUGUUCAAUAGACCGCACGAUUGUAUUGAUUGUGGUGAAAUCAUGAAAGGAAAAAUGCAGUUCAAAAGGCAUAGACUUACAUGUCCGCUUAUAGGAAGUGAGAACUCUCUCAGACAUACUCCUUACACGUGUUCACUUUGCAAUAAAACCGUUCGUUCUAUCGUUGGCUAUCGUUGCCAUCUUUGGAAGAUGCAUAAAAAUCUCGUUCUCCGCCCGAAGCAGAUCGACAAACCUUUGCCUGAGGAACUGAUCAAGAUGGGUGAACGGCGACAGAUAGUGUGCCCUCUAUGCCAAAAGCGCUUUGUGCUCUACUGCCAAUUAAUGUACCACCUACCGAGUCACAAAAGCACUAAUCAACAUAAAGGUAUAAAUCAGUACACAAUUCUUGAUUCUAGGGACGGUCUCGAAGAAAGAAAACAAGAACCUGAACCAAAACCUUUAUGUAGUAUUUGUGGUAAAAAGAUAUCACCUGCAGCGUUACCGCUGCAUAUGAAAUUCCAUCUCAAACAGAAAGAUUUUAAGUGUAAAGAAUGUGGGAAGUUAUUCUACAGCAAUAAUCAAUUACAAAUUCACGUUGAUCAGAAGCAUAAGAAGAUCCGUUAUUCCUGUGAUGUUUGCGGUGCAAGUUUGGCAACCAAAGCGACUCUGUACAGACAUAAAUUACUGCAUAAUGAGGCAGCCCUAAUAUACUGCGAGAUUUGUCCGGAACGAUCGAAACGAUUUACCAACAGGGAUGCCCUCAGGCGACAUAUGAACAAACAGCACAACUGUAUCAACGGAGUAGAAGGCGUACCGCAUUUGGCUGAGAUGUUGACACCAGAAACGGCCCCGUGAUGCUCGAUUCCUGCAUGUUGAAAUGAGCAUUCUGCAGCGUCUGGCAUUAAAGCGCUAAACGCAAAUAAGUCUGCUCGUUUUUUAUAAGCAUACAUUUAUAACGGAGGCAAUCAAACAAAAGUGUUAAUAUAUGCUAUUUUCCACCAGGCGGUGCGUGGAGCUAAUUAACGAUUAGCGUUUUUAUGUAAAACACUGGUAUUCCGCUGUUAUGUUUGAAUAUUAAACGGCCUUUUAAUCUAUUAAGAUUUAUACAAAGCUAUUUGAGAAUUCUCCAGUCCCCAAGUCGUUCGGUUUUAAACACUUCGAAAGCUUAUUUGGCAUUAUACUUAGUAAGAUUAGUGUUGUCAGGAGAUAUCAGCGUUUAUACGAUAUUGUAAUUAUUGUUAAAGUUUAUUUAUUUUUGAAACAAAUAUUUGCAUGCUCGUACAAAAUCUAUGUACUCGCUAAUUUUGAAAUACUCAGAGCACGGCUCCAUUUUACUCAGACAUCGCCUUUUGUAUGACGCAGCCGUCGCUUGAUCUAAAACGACUCAGUUUUCCGAGUAACGGCUACUCAGACGACAUGAAAAUUGGCACUCAGCGAAUUCGAGUGCUUGAAGGCGACAACUGAGUAAAUUUGGAUCAGUUUGCUCGGUUUGCUCAAGACAUUCGACGUUGUUUCGUCAGCCACAAAUUGGGAAAUUAUUAUGGGUGGAGUAAAAAAAACUCGGAGGCAGGUGGAUGUCCCCGGGAAACAUCAAUGAAACUUUUUCGCCAAUGCAACGGCGGAUUAGACCAGGAAUGAUGUUGGUGAUCGUCCAACAGUAGGGGUGUUCCAGCUCAACCCGGAGUGGCAUAUUGCAUGCAGGGAGACAUAACAACCCCGGCUCGGGGCGAACGAAAAGUGAA